UCGAGAAAAUUCGAGUCAUCGGAGGUCUGGGCCUCCGUAGCCACUCCAGCUCAAGGCAGACGCCAGCUGCCCGUCGUCCGUGGCCGCCCUGAAGCCGACGCCUGCGCUGGCACCGCGGACCACCAUGCCUGGCUUGGCAGCGGUGCCAGAGGUGGCGCGCGACGUCAUCGCUGGCGGCACGUCCACUGCUGCGGUCUCGGCGCUGCUCAACCCAGUGGACGUCGUGAAGACCCGCAGGCAGGUGGGCAUCGGCAGGGGAGCGGUGGCCGAGGCGCAGGCGGCGUGGCGGCAGGCAGGUGCAUGGCGGGGCCUCUGGAGGCCUGGGUUAUCUGCGUCCGUGGCGCGCGAGCUGCUCUACAGUGGGUGCACCAAAGGUCUCUACCCGAUGGCCCGUGACCUCGUCACCCCGAGCAACAGGGAGCCAGGAUUGCAGCACCGCGCGCUAGCAGCAGCCUUGACGGGGCUCGGCGGGUCGGUCUUCGCCAAUGGCCCAGACGUGGUGAAGGUUCGCCUGUUCGCGGAGCCUGGCCGCUACCCAGGCUUCAUGGCUGCGGUGCGGGAGAUCUGCGCAGGCCCCGAGGGCGCCGUGCGCGGGUUGCUGCUACGGGGCGUCAGCGCCUCGGCCCCCCGUGGCGCCGCCAUCGCCAUUGGAGAGGUGACCACGUACGACCAGACCAAAGUCGUGCUCGCGCGGCACUGGCCUCGCCAUACCGGGGCCAGCUCCGCAGACGCCUCGGACCGCUGGCGAGAGCCGUUUUCGUUGCACGUGGCCACGUCCCUCAUCACGGGCGUCGUCGCGACCACAGUGGCGGCCCCCUUCGAUUGCAUCAAGAGCUGCGUCAUGGCGGACGACGGGGGUCGGUACCCUCGCGGCUUCAUUGACGUGGUUCAGUCAUUCAGCAGAAGCCCAGGAGGACUUCUGAUGCUAUUCCGCGGGUGGUGGCCCGCCUACUGCCGGCUCGGCCCGCACGCGAUCCUCACCUUCCCUCUGCUCGAGCAGGUGCGAAGGCUGCUGGGCCUGGAGUACCUCUGAGUUGGCAGCCCGCGGCGCGCCCCACGCAGGCUGCUGCGCGCCAGGUGCGGGCGCCGUGCACCAGUGCGAGCGCCGCCGCUUGCCGCGCUUGCCGCGCCGAGCUGGCGGCUCGCAGGAGCCCGAGGUCCGCUCCCCGCAGCCAGCUGCCUGCGCCCCAGCGCGAGCGCUCGCCGCGCCCGCACGCGCCGCGCCGCUCGGCAGCACGCGCCCGCCUCGAGGUCCCCGUCGUUCGCUGACGCAUGCGCUAACGCUCGCUGGCGUCGGCGUCGCCGCCGCGGGCGCCCGCGCCGCCCCGCCGAGGGUGCCCACGUCACCCGCAGGGGCACAUAGGAUGAUGGCGCUCCGCGGUCUGGAUCGGAGAGCUGUCCCUCUCUCCAGGGCUUCGACGCGAGAGCGCGAGGCGCGGGGGGA